GCCCCUUUGUAUUCACUUGCUUUUUUUUUUUUCUUUCUUUUUUUUUCGCUCCUGCCUGCUUGCUUGCAGCCACGCCAUCGCUGUGGAGUGUUGCCGGGCCAUUCAUCACUUCAGCCGUCUCGUGGCUUUCGCUUCGUGAUUGUUUACGUGCUGUUCGUGUGUAGCUUUUGCGUCGAGAUGGGAGUAGCGGAGAUGGCCGGAGUUGUAAGGGAUGCGAAUUCCAAGGGAGAUUUGGACAAUGCAGUGAAGAAACAAGGCAGUCUGGUUGUAGUGCACUUUUGGGCUUCCUGGUGUGAACCGUCUAAGGCUAUGGAGCCCGUUUUUACUCAGAUCGCUAUCGAAACACCUAAUGCCCAAUUUUUCCGUGUGGAGGCUGAGGAACAGUCCGAUAUAUCUGAGACUUAUGAGGUUGAUGCAGUGCCGCUGUUCAUUUGGAUUAAGGAUGGAGUGGUAGUUGACAAAAUGCAAGGUGCGAAUGCUCCUGAACUGGCCAGUAAAGUAGCCAAGUGGGUAAAGGAUACACCUGCUCCGUUCAAUGAGGUGAAAAAAGAGGUCCCCUCUGCUGGCGUAGCUGUUGUAGGCCCUGCUGUUUCAAGUCAGGGCGAAACCAAAGCUAACCUCGCCGAAGCCGAGAAGGGUAGGCUUCAUGAACUUGUGAAUUCGAAGAAAGUCAUGCUUUUCAUGAAAGGAUCACCAGAGGAACCCCGCUGCGGUUUCAGCCGCAAGGUGGUCAAUGUUUUGAAUGACCAGGGCGUGGAGUUUGGCAGCUUUGACAUCUUGAGCGAUGAGACGGUGAGGCAGGGUAUGAAGACAUACGCUAAUUGGCCCACAUUUCCCCAGCUCUACGUUGAGGGCGAGCUUCUGGGUGGAUGUGAUAUAAUUUUGGAGAUGAAUGAGAACGGCGAGCUCAAAGAGGUUUUUGCUGAGAAGGGGCUACUACCAAAAGAGACUUUGGAGACUCGACUGAAGAAUGUCAUCAACCAAUCCGCUACUAUGCUGUUCAUGAAAGGAACGCCAGAUGCUCCACGUUGUGGCUUUAGCACAAAAGUUGUCAACGCGUUGAAAGAAGAAGGAAUUGAAUUUGGCAGCUUUAACAUUUUGGAGGACGAAGAGGUUCGUCAGGGACUUAAGACAUACUCAAACUGGCCUACGUACCCACAGUUGUAUUACAAGGGCGAGCUUCUCGGUGGCUGCGAUAUUAUCUUAGAAAUGAAAGCUUCUGGAGAGUUAAAGUCAGCUCUCACCGAGUAAAAUUAAUGUAAAAUUUGUUAUCUGGUUGCUUACCAUUAUCUAUUUAAUGGUGGUGGCAUAGGAAUGGAUUUAACUCACGCUAAUUGGCUCAUGACUGAUGUCCUUUCUCUUCCGAGCCGAAUGUGAGACGAAGCACUGUUCAGAAUAUGGUUGCACUGAGCAUCGGAGGACGUGUGACUCAUUUUUUAUAAUGACUUGUAAUCCAAGCACCUUAAUAAAGAUCUUCUCUGAUUCAAAAUCA